UAGAAUGAUUUAGUUUGAUAUACAUUUACACAUGUAGAAAGCAAAACAAAAAUUCAUUGUGUAUAAAGUAUUUUUCCCAUUUUUUUCAGCGACAAAAAUACUAUGAGUGAAAAUAUCUAUACACCUGCUCUGGCUCAACGCUUGGUUGUGGACGGACUAUCUCUCAGUAGGAAUGAAAUGAUUGCUGUUUAUUACCACUCUGGUUAUACUAUUCAGGAUAUCAUUGAAUUUCUUGCGAGCAAACAUAACAUUGCUCUUAGUGCAAGACAAAUUCAUCGAGUUUUAAGGGAAAUGAAUCUGACGAGACGAAACAACCAGCCACGUUUGGAGGACAUUGUAACGGCUAUUCUACAUGAACUUUCAGGCUCGGGCGGUGACAUAGGCUAUACAGGAAUGAGGAGACGUCUGCUAAUCGACCAUAACCUCAAUGUGUCUUGUGAAUUGGUGCGCCUUGCAUUAACUGUUUUGGACGCAGAAGGUGUAAUAAGGCGUAGACAACGUCGUCUUCAGCGUAGAAGGUACAUUAACGAAGGGCCUAAUUUUUGUGUUCAUCUAGAUGGCUGGGACAAGUUAAAACCAUUCGGAAUUUCCAUUCAUGGCUGUGUAGAUGGCUUUUCAAGACGUAUUCUCUGGCUCAGAGCUUGCAAUUCUAACAAAAACCUUGAGUAUAUAUCCAGAUUUUAUAUAGAUUAUAUCAAAGAAAUAAACGGGAUUCCUGUAGUCGUAUACGCAGACAGGGGUACUGAGAACUCCAUAGUUCGAGAUUUGCAAUACGCUUUGCGAUGGAAUCACCAGGAUCCCUUGCAAGGACUGUCAAGUUUUAGGUAUGGAUCGUCAUAUAGAAAUACAAGAAUAGAGCGAUUUUGGCGGUGUUUACGAGAAAUGUGUGGCAACUUUUGGAUAAAUUACUUUAAGGAUAUGGAUAAUUUAGGUGUUUUUGACACCUCCGACAUAGUCCACCUGGAGUGUGCUAGGUAUUGUUUCUUACCAAUUAUCACCAGAGAAUUGAACAGAGUUAUACAGCAUUGGAAUGAACACACAAUUAGAAGAAACCACAAUGCAGAUUGUCCGUCUGGAAAACCAGAUGUUAUGUAUUUUCAUCCCGAAAUUUACCAAACAAGAGAUUUCAAAAUGCCUCUACCUGAUAAUCUGAAUGGCAUAGAACAAGAAUAUUGUGCCUACCCUCCUGCGAAUGGUGUUUCAAUGGAAUUUGAAGUUAUUGGUACUCAAAUAAGAAUGGAAAACGGUUUGAAUUACCCACCAAACACAGUAGAAGAAGCAACAGAACUCUUUAUCCGAAUAACAGACUAUGUAGAUCGCUUAUAAAUUACAUGUAUCUACAUACAUUUACUUGACUCUUGUUGUUUUAAGGAGGUACAUUUUUCUUUAUGUU